AUGAUCAAAGCAGUAUUACAGGCUAUUCCUACAUACACUAUAUCAGUUUUUAAACUCCCAAAGAAGCUGUGUCACGAAAUUAAUAUGUUGUAUUCAAGAUUCUGGUGGGGUAAACAGCAAGAAGGAAAAUGUAUUCAUUGGAGAAAAUGGGAAAAGUUGGGGGAGAUGAAAGGGAAAGGAGGCUUAGGCUUUAGGGACCUGGAGAUUUUCAAUAUGGCCCUACUUGCUAAGCAAGGGUGGAGAUUUAUCAAAAGCCCAAAUUCCUUAGCAGCAAGGAUUUUCAAAGAUAAGUACUACAAGUACUCAAGCUUCCUAGAUGCUAGUUUGGGCUCAAAACCCUCGUUAAUCUGGAGAAGUAUUUGGAAUGCUAGGGCCCUUGUGAAAGAAGGAAUAAGGUGGAGAGUGGGGGAUGGCAGCAAAAUAAAAAUAUGGGGUUCAAAGUGGUUACCAAGUCCUUCAUCCUUCUCUAUACAGUCACCAGUUUCUGUUUUGCAGGUAGAUGCUAAAGUAGAAGAGCUGAUUGAUAAGCAAAAAGGGGAGUGGAAUGAAGAAAGAAUUAGAGCCAUCUUUAUACAAAAUGAAGCUGAUCAAAUUCUGAGUAUACCUCUAAGCAGAGGUUUUGCACAAGAUAAAGUGAUAUGGGGCCCCUCUAAAAAGGGAGAGUUUACUGUCAGCAGUGCAUACUUCUUGCAGAAAGAGAUCUUCAGAAUGAGAGAUGGUGAAUGCUCAAGGGAGGUACAAAUGGAUGAAAGGUGA